CUUAUCCGAAGUGAUGUCUGGUUUCCUUGCUUUUUGCUCUCGCGUUUUCGACGACACAGAGUGCGAGACUUUCACAACUAUCCUUUUUCAUAUCAAUAUAGACUGUAUCAUCAAUGUCUUCCCUACUCACUCAUCCUUGAAGCAUCCUUGCUCUGUGGUGUCGUCAUCCUACCGAUUUAUCAACCUCAAAUUUGCACUGCAGUCUCUGCCUUUCCACUCCCAACAUGUCUCGCAUCCUCAAAUUCUUCUUCUCAAAGCCAAUUGCCAACACCGGCAGCACCGCUCGAGACCACCUCGCCAACGAACGUACUUUCCUCUCCUGGACCCGUACCGGUCUCGGCUUCGUCGCUCUUGGAGUUGCUCUCGCCAAACUCGAUGCUCUGGAAGCUCUAUCCCCAACGUUGAAGCACGGUCACGGGGAUUUACAUAUCCCAGCUGCUGCUUUGGUGGGGUCUGGGUCCGGGUGCCUAACUUACGGGACGUUGAGGUAUUUUAAUACUUUGAACUUGUUGCAGAGGGGGCUUUACAGGCCGAAUAUUGCGGGUGUUGCGCUCGUAGCUGUCACCGCUGGGGUGGUUUGUGCUGGGGGUAUGAUGAUGAUCGUUUCGCAGGAGAAGCAUCUGAGGAAGUAAUCUGGAUUGAAGAUCAGCGUGAUUUUGUGAUAUUUCCAUUCUGUUAGAGUUCUUCUCACUGGGAGAAUUCAUUGAACACCGAUCAGUAGACUGUUUAACUUUUGUAUAUUAAGUAUUUAUGUUUCGGUCAUUCAAUUUCGGCUCGGACCGCUUGAGAUGCACGUCGGGGUCAUCAUAAAGACUGGUUAGGCUUGUAUGCUUUAGGAAAACAAAUUGCUUGGCAUGUCGGCCGACGUUGAGUUGGAAUCAGCCUCCUUUCAGCUGAGUCCCAUAUUUUCGUCUGAUCAAAUUGCCGGAAAGCAGUCUAUGUAGGGCAGGUGAAGCAAUGUUUGGAAUCAGUCGCUCUAAUUAGGAUGUUCUCCGUCUCGAUAUUGACGGGAACGGACAUGUCUGCCAGUUCAAUAUUGUCAUAAUAAGAAUUUCACUACCUAAAGACCGAC